AACAAUUAGUUAGACAUUAGUGAAGCUUGUGUCUUCAUGAGAUGGACGACCGCAAUAUAGCGAGAGACUGAGUCACCAACUACAUGGCUCCGAUGAAGCCUAGUCCAUGCAAAGACAUGACUGUGACUAUGCAGCUACACUCGUCUGGCCAGAUUCCAGUGGCUCAGAACCGGUUGAUAUUGAGCCGCAGAAUGACAAUGAAGACAGCAGACGUUGAUGAUCUAAUCUGAGAAAUCUGAUUAGUAGUUGUCUUUGUGUCAAGUUGCGAUGUUGCGUGGAACUUAUUCGAGCUUUAUGGUUGAAGAAAGUCAAUUUGCAGUUGCGAUCUGGAGUGGUCAAUCAAGUACACAGUAACCUACAAACACCACGCGCAAUUGCUCUGAGCGCGAACUCAGAUGCUCUUUCGAGGCUACUAGACAAAGAUCGCAUCACGCUCGCCAUGCCCGAAGCGAGAAUGUCCUCAGCGCGAUCGACCUUGGAAGAAACGACACUGCUCCUGAACAGGAUACAGGACGAUGUACUGGCUGCCCUUCAGAAGACUCAAUCGGGCGCGCAGGAAGCAGAAGCUUCGCAGACGGCCUUGCUCCUCAAGAAGAGCCUAUUUUAUGUGGAUGAUGCCCUGUAUGAUGCACGCAUUGCCAUCCAGACGGCCAUCAAUGCGCUUGAGACUGAAGACACGGUGUCAGAUUUCCAUUGUGUCCCACCAGCAGGGUAUACUCAGAGACACUCGCCAGCUGAGUCACUGCAAGAUGAUGCAGCAGGGCAAAGCAAGGAGAAGCCAAUGGAGAUAGAUGCCGCUUGCCAGAGAGGGAGCAAUGACACCUUGGUCACGACUGAGCAUCAAGGAAACCAGCAGGAAGAAGAUUACAACCUGCUUGACCAUGUCGAGGACUUGACAAAGCUGCAAGAGCUCAUCCUUGUGGGCUACGAUUGAUGGUUCUCGCGCAUCAAGCUGGUAAGCUUCACAAGUAGUUGAGUAGACGAUUUCAGAGAACAUUGGCGGUUUCUGCCUCGAUAGCACAUCUCUCUGUAUCUCUACGGGCAUGAAUUUUAAAGCACGAGGCCUCAAGAUAGCGUGACAACAUUUUAGAAUGUACUUGUACAUCUGCAGCUUUCUGGCAGGCAACGAUAGCUUGUCCAUCCUUCAGUAGCCAGUACAGGCCGAGGUGAUGACUAGGUAGAGACAAAUAUCCCAAUCUGAGGUCGUCGUUGAACGGGAGUGAGUCAAAGU